AUGAAGUUAAUUUUGAUCGUAACUUUCGUUGUUUCGGUUUCCUUAUGUCUUGGAAGCCCAACGGAUACAGCUUUACUGAUUCGACAACGCCGUGACGUCGACUUUUAUGCUAACACGAAGUCUCUUAUUCAAGAGCUUGUCACGAAUCUAAGGGCUUCAAUCCAACAGGCCUCUGAGGCAGUUUCUAAAUUUUCAACCGGACUUCAAGAUAUGGGAACACAGUUCGGUGAACAAUUAUCUAACAACGUUGAAACAUAUAGGAGCCGUAUUAGAGCCUCUAUUAAAAGUGUUACAGACAGAUUCACAGGGGCUGGAGCUGGAGUACGAGAAUGUAUCGAUAACCAUCGCCAAGAGGCCGAAGACUUAUUUAGUGGCAUCAUAACCAAAUCAAAGGCUUGUGCUGAUGAACGCAUUAAGGAGAUAAGAGAUAUGAUUAACCAACUAAAAGAACUGUCUGCUAAUGCGACAGACUACACAAUUUCUGCUUUGGCAGAAAUGCAAGGUUGCACUCAAAAUUCCGCUGGUAUUUUGACAGCAGGAGCUUGUUUGGGCGGUGUGGCUGUCAGAACUGAGCUCAAAGGAGCAGUAUUUGUUGUUCAAAGUGGACUCUUAAUUGCCAGAAUCAAUUUAUCCCUAUCAACAUUACCAGCUGCUCUUGAAGUGUGUGCUGGGACACGUAUCGUCGAAGCAGGAAUGGGUUCAGCUAAAAUUGUCUUUGAGAUUGGAAGCUGUUCUGCUUCUUCUGCUUACUCUUCCAUUAUAGGAAACAAAGUCACCAAUCCUUGA